UAGACACCUGCAGACCUGCUUCACUACUUGUGAAGUGACUCCCCCCUUCAGGUGGGGAGCCAGGGGGGCUCAAACCAGGAUCCUUGCCCUUUGUACCAUGUGCGCUUAAAAGUAAUACUUUUAUGUAGGUGUCCACAUACUCCAACUCCCACCUGAGAUGAGGUAUCUUUCAUACCUCAUAGUGACUAGGUUUGAGGGACUGACAGCUGCUAUCAGGCUAGAAUAGAACAAAGGUUUGACAGUGUUAAGAACUGGUGAUUUGGAGCAGGGGUAGAUGGCCUAAUGGUUAUGCAAAGAGACUCAUGCCUGAGGCUCGGAACUUCCACGUUCAAUCCCCUGCACCAUUAUAAGCCAGAGCUGAGCAGUGUUCUGGUAGAAAACAAAACAAACCAACAAACAAAACAAAAGCACUGUUACUUAAGAACAGCAAAGAGGUGGGAGUCACCCAGUAGCGUAGCAGGUUAAGUGCACAUGGCUAGAAACACAAGGACCGGCGUAAGGAUCCUGGUUCAAGCCCAGUUCGAGCCCCCGGCUCCCCACCUGCAGGGGAGUCCAUUCACAGGCGGUGAAGCAGGUCUGCAGGUGUCUGUCUUUCUCUCCCCCUCUCUUCCCCUCCUCUCUCCAAUUCUCUGUCCUAUCCAACAACGAUGACAUCAAUAACAACAAUAAUAACUCAACAACAAGGGCAACAAAAGGGAAAAUAAAUAAAUAAAUAUUUUAAAAUUUUUUCAAAAAAGAACAACAAAGAGGUAUAGCCAUUCUUGAUGGCAGGCUAAAUCUGGAUAUUCAAGAAGAAAAGUGCUAAAAAAAUUUAAAAGAGAGAGAGAACAAUGAAUACUGCAUGAUCUCACUUAAGGAACAGGGACAGAGACUAGGCAGUGGUACAGCUGGUUAAGUGCACACACUAUAGUGCUUAAGGACCCAGGUUCAAGCCCCUGGUCCCUACCUGCAGGGGAAAAGCUUUACUAGUGGUGAAGCAGGGCUGCAAGUAUCUCUCUGGCUCUCUCCCUCUCUACCUCCCCUUCCCCUCUCAAUUUCUCUCUGUCUCUGUCCAAUUUAAAAAAAGAAAGAAAAGGAACAGAGACAGAAAAGGAAACCAUGAGGGUUGUAGUGUUAUAUGGAAAACUGGGAAGUGUGAUGCAUGUACAAACUAUUGUAUUUACUGUCGAAUGGAAAACAUUAAUCCCCCAAUAAAGAAAUUUUUAAAAAAAGAAGAAAAGAAAAAGAAAACACAGGGUGAGACUUGAACUUCAGGGUAAUGUACUGCACCAAAGCAGAGGAUUCUGGGGGGUGGGGGUGGGGGGGGAGAGUAGAGAGGAUGUUGGGGUCCCCAUGCAUGGUAGUGGACCUGAAUUAGGGGUGAGAAUGUUGCGCAGAUUCCUGUGAUAGGGAGGUGGGAAAAUUUAUCCCCCAGAUAAAAUUAUUUGAAAAAGGGGGGAGUGAAUUUUUCAUUUUAUGCUGGAAGGAUUAUUUUUUGAGAAAUAUCUGGAGUUUAAGUAUAGAAGUGAAUUUAUCCUCAUAGGGGCAAAAUUAAGCCCUCAGCAUAUGUUGUUGGUAUCAACUCACCUGAGUAAUCUGUACCCUCUGCUCCCCCCCCCCCCCCCCGCCCCACUCACCAGUAGGAUCAUUUGGAGUCUUGAGUUUCCCAUAUGCCAUAGUAAGUCCUUUUAUCCUGGGGAAGUUCUGUAUUACGUUUCUCAAUGAAGGGCCAGGGAAGUAGCUUGUUGCGUAGGACUUGUGUCUUUGCCACAGGUGUGGCCCCUAUUCAAACCCUGGAACCACUUGGGAGAUUCGCCUGAGGAAACUCCUAUGCUGUUGUGUCUCACCUUCCCUCGGUUUUGUUUUUUUUUCUCUCUCUCCCUCUGAAUGAAAAAGUGGUCCUGGACAGUGAAAUGACACAUGUAUAAGGCCCUGGCUCCACAGAAGUAAAAAUAAAUUAUCAGUGUAAUAGAAGAGUAAAAAUCUUGUGGUUCAGUCAUCUACCCCUUUGGACAGGAGUUCUCUAAGUUGUCCACAGGAAGAAAAAGUUCUAAGAUCUGAGUCAACCCUCGCGUCUCGUAUUGACAAUCUGCUGCUUUUCUUUAGCCAAGUCAUGCCUGCCCAGGGUGCUAGGCUUCCCCAGAAGGGAAGGAUAGAGGAGAGGAAAACCCGUGCUGGAUCACAGAGAGCCAGGUCCCAGGAAUCCCUGACAUUUCAGGAUGUGGCUGUGGAUUUCACCAGGGAAGAGUGGGAGCAGCUGUACCCUGCUCAGAAGAGUCUCUACCGGGAUGUGAUGCUGGAGAACUAUAGGAAUCUGGUCGCGCUGGGGCAACAGCUGUACAAGCCAGAGGUGAUCACUCAGUUGGAACAAGAGGAGCAGUGGACAUUGAAAAGAAACAGCCCCGUGGACAGUCAUCCAGAUGGGAAGAACAGACAUGAAAUCAGAAAUUCAUCUUCAAACCAGAAUAUUUCUGAUGAAAAUCAACGUUGUGACACAAUUGUAAGGAAACCAACAAGAGAUAGUUUCUGGUAUUCCAUUUUAGGAGGAUUCUGGGACUUUGAUUACCAGUUUGAAUUUAACCAAGAGACCCAGCAGAGAAAUUUAGGACAAAUAUCUUCUGCCCACAAAAAUAUUACACAAGAGAGAAGUCUUGAAUGUAAUAGAAUUUGGAAAAGCUAUAGUCUGAACUCAAAUCUUAUCAUGCAUCAGAAAACCCCUUCAAUUAAAAUACCCCUUAAUUCUGACACAAAAGGAAAUAGCAUCAAACAUGGUUCAGAAUUCAUUAAUUGUCAGGGGAACUAUGUAAAAGAGAAUCCCCAUGAAUAUGAUGAGUGUGGAAAAAUAUUUAAUCAACAUAUUUUUCUUAGUAAUAAUAUUCAUACUGAAGGUAAACCUAGUGGAAGUAGGAAGAUUUUCAGUCACAAGUCAUCCCAUAAUCAACCUCAAAUAGCCCUAACAGGAGAGAAACCUUAUAAAUGUGAUGAAUGUGGGAAAAGAUUCAGUCAGAGAAUACAUCUUAUUCAACAUCAGAGGAUUCACACAGGAGAAAAACCUUUUAUAUGCAAUGAAUGUGGGAAAGCCUUCCGUCAACAUUCUUCUUUUACUCAACAUCUGAGAAUUCAUACUGGAGAGAAGCCUUAUAAAUGCAAUCAAUGUGGUAAAGCCUUUAGCCGUAUCACUUCACUUACUGAACAUCAUAGACUUCAUACUGGAGAGAAACCUUAUGAAUGUGGUUACUGUGGGAAGGCCUUUAGUCAAAGAACUCAUCUUAAUCAGCAUGAGAGAACUCACACAGGAGAGAAACCAUAUAAAUGUAAUGAAUGUGAGAAAGCCUUUAGCCAAAGUGCACAUCUUAAUCAACACAGGAAAAUCCAUACUCGGGAGAAAUUAUGUGAAUAUAACAAAUGUGAGAAAACUUUAAGCCACAGUUCUAUUCUUAUCCAGAAACAUAUCACUCAUGUGGGGGAAACCAUAUGAAUAUAUAAUUGUAGGACAUUUUUGGUCAGACCUUUUCAUCCCUUUCAAUAUUAUGUUAUUUCUAGCAGCGACUAUGCAUUUGUGUCAUAGAAACCAAGUAACAUUUUACUUUAGAUUUGUAACAUAUUCUAUUCCCAGGAAAACAUUUAUAGUUCCAAGAGAACUAUAGAAAAAGUAAUUUAUUUCAUGAACAAGAAUGUAGUAAGAGUCAUGUUUUGAACCUUCCAUAAUAACGUUUUUUAAAUGACCAGACUAUAGGUGAAUAUGUGAAUAUUCACCUGCAAGAUUUACUAUGUAAAGUUUUUUAGAUUUCUGUGUAUUGUGGUGCUAUAGAAGAUAGUGGUUAAUAUAAUCAGUCAUAUAAAUUUGAAAUAAGCAAAAAAAGAACAAUAUUUCAAAGAAUUUCAUCCUUUUGUGUACUUCCUUUAAUUUUUUACUAUAGCAUUUACUUAAUAUUUCUCUUUAAAGGGACUCAGAAUUUUCUAGGAAACAUUAUUUAUAGAAAUUAUGAGUUUUAUAUUAUAUUUAUACUUAUUCAACUUCCCAUAUUUAUGUGUAUGUGUAUGAAUAUUUCUGCAACUAAAAAGAAUCCAUUGGUGUACUGCCUAAAAAUUUAUGUGUAUUUGGAAAAUGUGAUAUGUCAAUAAUCUGUCAUUAUUAUUUUAGCAAACCUUGCAUUAUUUUUGUAUUAUGAAUCCUAGGAUCAUUUUGAUGACCUAUAUAUUUAAGCAUUUUCAAUAAGAAGUUUUUUAAAUGUUCAAAUUAUGGCAGCUUGGUAAGUGGAAGUUCCAUUAAACUAGAUUCUUAAAACUC